AAUGGAUCAUUCCCAGCACCAAGACAUGAUGGACCAUCACACGCACGGAGUAGACCACGCAUCCAUGGACCACUCGAUGCACGGUACUGCGCACGGAACCGGUCACGACAUGAACGGCAUGAAUCACGGCAGCGGCGACAUGACCCACGACAUGAUGAACCACGCUAUGAGUAUGGCAUUUCAUUUUGGCUCCUCUGAAACCGUUCUCUUCUCAAAGUGGCAUUUUGAAACAGUUGGUGGACUUGUUGGCUCAAUGAUUGGUAUAUUUUUUAUGGCAGCUUUGUAUGAAGGACUUAAAUACUACAGGGAAUAUUUGUUUUGGAAACAGUACAAUGCUCUACAAUAUAGGGCCGUCUCUAUACCAGAAAAAGGAACUACGCCUGAAGACAACCAAGUUGUUCAUGUGGUUGGUGAAGUUAUCCAUAAACAACCACCUACAAUGCUCAGCAUAAUGCACUUCUUCCAAACGUUUCUGCAUAUGGUCCAAAUGGUGCUCUCCUACUUCCUGAUGUUGAUAUUCAUGACGUACAACGUGUGGCUUUGCAUAGCGGUCGUGCUAGGCGCUGGCGUCGGCUACUUUCUGUUCGGUUGGAAAAAAUCGGUCAUAGUCGACGUGACCGAGCAUUGCCACUAGCACGAACUGAGCCAAGCGAUUUAGUACAUUUUAGACGUAUUCUUUAAGUUUACAGUAUACUUUUCUUGUAUUAUAUUAUAGAAUGGAGACUACCUUGAUUGCUCACCGCAAUUUUAACUAUGUAUUUUUGUAUAUACGACGAAAAAAUCAAUGAUUAAAAAAUGUAAAACUUUAAAGUGUUUUAUGUUUGAGAGUUUUUAAAUGACAAGUAAUUUAGGAAUGUGUGGGGGAUACGUCGCAGAACUUUUUUUCUGUAGGGUAGUUUUAAGUACUUCUUUUUGGACAAUAUGUUUUGCUGUUAAAAAUUGAUCCCACUAUACUCACAUAGUUUUAGCAUUAUAUGCAAUUUAUACAUCAAGAUAAGAACAAACUGGACCAAAAUCAAGACUAAACAGAAAAAUGUUUUUAUACAGGGUAUGUCUAAAUAACCCCUUAAGCCAUUUUUAUAUGCCAUAUAAUCAUUUUUGUAUGGUAUUGGGCAGUUUUUAAUUUUAAUAUGGUAAAUACUUGUUUCUGUACAGUCAUUAAAGCAUUUAAAAUUUGUUAUGGUUAUAGAACAUUGUCCAAAAAUGUACUUAAAACAUUGUAAUUUUUUGCAACCAGAUUUUUAUUUUUUUGCUACCGCCUAAGUGCUUAAAAAAGCAGGGUUUCCAUUUUAAAUAUAAGCAAAUUUUAGCUAAAAAUCCUUGAAGGAAAAUUUGUUAACUAAUUCUUACAUAAUUAAAAUUUGAAGUAUUUUAAAUUACAGAAUAUUAAAUUUUUAAAUAUACAAAUAUUUAUCGACAAGUUAACAUUUUUUUCCAGUAAGGCUUAGUUUAACCUGGGGAUUACUAACAGAAUUCAUAUUUUUGUUUUGCAAUUUAUUUUUAUACACACAUAAGUAAAUAUUUCAAGUUCCAGUGUAAAUAUUCAAUUCUUCAUAUAUUUUUAAGACUGAUUUCUCUACAACAAUUUUCUUGUAAUUCCUCAGAUUUACCUUUAAAAAAUUUAUAUAAGUAGUAGUGGUUUAAUUUUUUUCUAUUGAAAUAUCGUGUUUUUGGUACAAUGUUUAUACAGCUUAUUAUACAAAUUGUUAAAAUUCGCAUAAAAUACAGCCAUUUUUAUGUAGGUAAUUUCUCUCUGUUACAAUUUGAGAUUGGUUUUUUAUUUUUAGGUAUUUUUAUCUAACUUAUUAUAAUAUAAAUCUGUGAUUAAAAAUUUAAUUAUCAAUAAAAUAUCUCUAGCAGC